AUGACUAUUUCUGUACAACCCUUCUUUUUUGUUUCUGUGUUGUACCUGUGGAGCACAGACCUCAUUUUGAUCUCCUCUAACUUUUUACGUUAUGCCGAUUUCUCUUUGCUUGACCAGGAUGACAAAUUGCCACUCAUAUCUUUAUUUUAUGAUAAUCAUUAUCGCUAUCACCCAAAUUACUCCUACAGUAUAUUUCGAGCACUUGCCCUUGCACUUGAACCUAAGCAAAACAAAACAAAAAACUAUAUCAAUGAAUCAACUGUAAUAACAGCAUGUAUCAAAAUUGCACUCCGUGUGACUCAAUAUGACAAUGUACCUCUUUAUGAUAUCAAUACCUUGCUUACUCAAUAUACUUUAUGCCUGUCAACUUAUCUUUAA